GUGAGCGCUCAUGCAUCCAAUCCUAUACGCGUCCAUGCAUUCCAUGACAUGCGCCUGCUUGUCGAAAAUCAGGUUAAUACAGGUGCCUGCUCCCAUAUCCUACUCCGCAUCACUACAGUAGUGCCCUCAUGUCUUUCCGGCCCAGGUUAGGCUUAGGUUGGCAUGUCUCCCUUUUGUUCUGCUCCAUUCAUGUUAUGAUACGGGGGGAUCUCAUUGCAUUGCCCUUCAUGGUCCAUUACCUUUUUCCAUCCAUCAUGAUUCAUGGCACCUUACACCUUCAGGCUUCCUACACGUUCAUCGUUCAUGGCUCCUUCCAACGUACAUUGACUAUAGCUCUAGCACUGUUCCCGUUUUCCCUUCUCCAAUUCCCCCUUCGCGCUGUGUCUAUCUACAUCGAUAAUGCUCCCGAUUUGCAUUGCCCUGCCUGUCUUUCCGCUACUUACGUACGUAUCUACUUUUCCGACUUUACUGCUUCUAUGACGAAUAUUAUGAUUGACUUACGACGGUUCUUGGAGAAUGACCGGUCUGCCUGCGAAGAGAAGGGGAGCUGCCGUCGCCCGGAGUUGAAACGAAUGGCGGGCCGCUUCUGAGUUGUUUGCCAACUUGAAGUCUGCAGUAACACCAACACUGACGACGUCGCCGAUGUUUGCUUGCCGUUCAAGUACAAGAGUGUACCAUCGGUUCUGCCGAACCUCCUAGUAGCCUUUGAGUACCUAUUUUACAACAAUCAUAGUGUCGUCGGCAAAACAGGUUUACUCCAACCUUGCAAGCAGUGUAACAGACCCGGUACAUUGCAUAGUACAAAUUCUAGUCCUUCCGUACAUCCCUUUCCACGAUAUUUCCUUCGAU